UAGCUCCUCAGUUGCUAUGGCAACCAGGGAGAGCAGCCAGACAAAAAUGAGGCAAAGGGGAGGGGCUUUCAAUGGAGAAAUAGAGGAGAAAGGGCUGGAUGGGAAAGAUAGACAGAGGGAGGGAUACAGACAGCCAUUAAAGAAACGCACUGAGAGUAAAAAAGAGGGAAAGCACGGCUACAGACGGAGAUAGAGAUAAGGUCUGGACAUAAAUACGCACUCCACUGGUAGGGGAAUAAUAACUGCAAGUGACUGGAGGAUACAGAGCAAAGGGGUUACACACAGAGAAGAUGGAUGUACAAACGGAGAACAUGGACCCCCCGCCUUGUGAAUCCCAGUCGAGUGGAAAAAUCAGAAAAGGAUUCAAGCUAUUUGGCAAACGCAAGCCAGGUAACAUAUUUUCUAUUCGAAGCAAAGGUGAUGGAAACAACAAGUCACCUGUUAUCAGCAGCACUACUAUAGAUGGAUUAUCUGAGACCACUGCAGGAGAUUUAGAGCAGGAGUUGAACAGGGAAAAGGGACAGGAGGUGAGUCAAGGAGAGAGGGAGCAGGCAGAGGAGGAGCAGCUUGGUGAAGAUGGCACUCAGGCUGCUGCCCCUGCCCGCGCCUCCAUUUCUUCUGCCAGCUCAGCCAGGUCUCUCAGCUUCCUGUCGUUGCUGAGGGGUGGCCGGAGAGGAGUGGGGGACCGCAGAGUCCACACCGUGUCCCAGCCAGUGGGUCGGCAUCGUCGUGGGCUGAAGGGUCUCUUUGACAAUGUUAUGUUCCGAUCAAGAGAUAAAGAGAAGGAGGCAGCCCCUCCGAGCCCUCUUCUAAUGUCCUCCCGCACCAUCAGUGUAGAAAUCAUCAAUGAGGACCUCACCCUUACCCCUAAAUCCCAGCCUCGCUCUUUGGACAGCCCUGAGACUGGGAGCUGGGAUCCUGAGAAGAGCUUAACAACACAAGAAAGUGCAGCCACAUCCCCGUCAGAGACCAUAACUCCCCAGGUGACGGCAGGCAAUGUGAGUAGAACUAAUGAGCAUGUGCCGCCUUUACCCAUCUCUGAACCACCCUUGGUACCCGGUGAUAACAGCCUGAGCUGCUUGCUGGCAGACAUCUCCUCUCUCCUGACCUUUGACUCAAUCUCAGGGGGUGGCGACAUCAUGGCUGAUGUGGAGGCAGAGUGGGGGAAAGCCAGCAGUCCCAUCGGUGCUGUGGUGACAGAAGUCACGCCAUCAUCCACAUCUCUCUUCUCUAAACCUACCAUCUCAACUCCACUGACUUCUGCCUCUGUCAGCACCGGUGCUACAUCCAAACCCUCAUCUGUAGCCGUCCCCACGACAGCCCCCACCCAAUCCUUUACUCCUCUGACAAAGACAAGUUCAACCUCUUCUCCCAUUGCCAAGCCCAGCUCCAUCAUUACGACGUUGACCAAAUCUUCCACUUUGACUACUCACUCAGUCAAAUUGAGUUCGGACUCUACUCCAGCCUCUGAGCCUUCUGCUAGCAUUAAAAUUAAAUUGACUCCCACGCCCAUUGCUACGAAACCCUCAACAACCCCUAUAACUUUAACAAGCCUUUCGGCUCCAAUAAUGUCUCCCACUUCUACGACAAUUAAAUCUGAACUGAGCUCCGCAGCCCCACCAAACACCCCAGCCACUGUAGUCAAAGCUCCCUCAAUUAGCCCAACUCUCACCUGUAAGGCUAGCAAAUUAGCUUCAGAGAUUGCAGCACCUCCUCAAAGGAUUGCUUCAGUAAGUAAACCCAUCUCUGUAACCACUCCAACUUCUGUGUCAGCUAAACCUCCACCAGUAACCCAUAGCCCUCCCACCCCUAUUCCUUUCACCCAACCAUCACCUGCUAAAUUGGAUUCAGCUAGCAGUUUAAACCUGCAAACUUCCACUUCCUACAAACUUUCCCCAAGUUCAGCUGCCGGAGAAUCUAAAGCCCCAGUGAUAGUUUCACCGUCUUGUGCAGUUACUAACCCUACAAAUAUUUAUCCUUACUCUCCCCCUACUCUCAUUACUAGAACCCAACCCAGUGCCGCUGAAUCUCUCCCAACUCCAUCUUCAACUUCCUUAGAUAAGAUUCCUCCUACAACUAAACCCACACCUGCACCAUUCUCAUUAGAUAAGAUGCCCCCUGCUCCCACAUUAACCCCAACUCCUACCACUCGUGCUGUUGUUUCUACAACAUCCACAACACCUUCUCCUCCGGGUCAGAUCCAAGUCUCUCAAUCUAAAGCCCCUCCAGUUCCUGUUCAAAUCCCAAUUUCUGUACCUAAAGACCCACCUGCCCCUGCUCAAUUGCAGGUUUCUCAAUCUAAAGCCCCUCCUGUCCCUGCUCAGAUCCCAAUGUCUGUAUUAAAACCCCCUCCAGUCCCUGCUCAGAUUCCAAUUUCUGUGCCUAAAGAUUUGCCUGCUCCUGCUCAAAUUCAAGUUUCCCAAUUUAAAGCCCAAACUGCCCCUACUUGUUUCCCAGUUUCUGUAUCUACUGACCUUCCUGCCCAUGCUCACAUCCCAGAUUCUGUAUCUAAAGCCCUUCCUGCAUCAACCCCUGGCAUUUUCCCUGUCACUUCUCUUCCUUCUACCCCUUCACCUUGUCAGAGUGAGGCCCCAGCCUCUGCUAAGACAAAAGGAGGUGGACAGGCAUCAGUCGAUGGGCAACUGACUAGUCCAAGUAGUUCCCAGGGGGCCCAGGCGGUACCAUUCAAAACAGAGGCACUGCAUAAUGAGUCACUAAAGAACCUCCAGGGUCCCACCAGAGAAAGGAAGAUACCACAAGCAAAGGCAUCAGGACUAAGCAAAAUACCUAUAGUAGGAGGGGGCAAAGCAGGCAAGCUACCUGUCCGGGACAGUCAACAUGUUGACGAUGAAGCAUGCAGGGACCCACCUACUCCUGUGCAAGAAGAAGAGAGGCCCAAUUUCAACUCACAUGAUGCAGGGAACAAAGAUAAAAUCAGUGAUGUUGAGGCGUAUGUGCCCACCUCAAAACACACCCAGGAGGAGAGUCAGCAGCUUCCCCAGCCGAAAGUCCUCACCAGUUUACCGCGUGACUCCAAGAUUCCUGUGAAGCACGGCACACAGUCUCACACUGCCUCCCAAACACCUCAAGCUAAAGAACCCUCCCGUACCAAGAUACCCGUGUCCAAGGUUCCUGUCCGCAGGGCUGACUGUAAUUCCUGGCUUCACUACACCAUAAGCAACAGUAACAGAGUCAAGGAGGCCGACAGCACUCAAGCACAAAACAUCUUCACAGGGAGCCUAACAACAACUCUCGCUCUUUGGUGCUGAGCCAACUGGACAUGCACUCAGGAAAGGUUGAGGGUCACACCUGAACACACAGCAGCAUCGGUGACUAAGGAUAAGCAAGAUAAAAGGUCUUCUGGGAACACAGUCACACACGGGCGAGUGCCUUUUUAAAGGGUGCUUUUCCGAUGGACUUUUCUACAGUACUUUUAACUUUUGUUACUCCCACUUUUUUUAGGAACCUUUAAAUCUUUUUUGUCUUUCUUUUCAGCAAGUCUGUUUGAUAAUAACCUGUUUUUAUUUAUGUCAGAAGAAGAACAUCAGGAGCUCUAUAAAUUAAUGCAACAACCAAAUUUACAUUCCGCACCUAUCUCUGGAUCUAUGUAGCAGAAAAUGUGCAAUUACAUGUGUCGGCCUGCUCAUAUGUAACAUGAUCAGAUCUUACUGUGAACUCUGAGAGAGACAGAUUUUGAGGGAGGAAUGGAAAUCAUGCCUUUUAAUGAAAAGGACAGUAGACAGCAGCCAUUAGGAAUGGCACUGUGGAUGUUUGAGAGAGAGGAUGCUGAGAAAUCUCUCAUACACUGGCACAUCCUUAUCCUUAUCCCACUUAUACUCAGAUGAGAACAAUAUCUCUGUGUAUCAUCUCAUCUAUGUUGUUCUGUUUCCUAUGUAAUCAAUAAAUCAUGAGUACUUUGCAAGAUGA